AGGAACUAGGCAGCAAACCAGCGACGUGGAAAGAAGACCGAGUCUUCGUGAAAACACGGGAGUUACGUUGGAAAUGUCUUUCGUCCUGGAGUUGUGACUCCUCAGGGGAACACUGGGGCAGGAAGUGGUUUGGAGCUAACCGCUACCUCGGGUUUGGCUGAAGAUCCCAGCUGAGCUGUGGAGCUGAUCGGUGCCGACCUCACCUUUACUGGCACGGCUGCACACACCGAAGGCCAAAGACAUGGUGUCGUGGAUCAUUUCCAGAUGUGUUGUGUUCCCUCUGUACUAUGAGCUGAAGAUAGCUUUUGUAGUUUGGCUGCUGUCCCCCUACACCAGAGGAGCAAGUCUUAUUUACAGGAAAUGUCUGCACCCCCUGCUGUCAUCAAGAGAGAGAGAAAUCGAUGACUACAUUGUGCAAGCCAGAGAGAGGAGCUAUGAGACGAUGGUGAACUUUGGAAAGCAGGGACUGACCAUUGCAGCCACUGCUGCCGUCACCGCUGCUGUUAAGGGCCAGGGCGCCAUCACAGAGAAGCUGCGGAGUCUGAGUAUGCAUGACCUGACCCAGAUAGACCAGCAGGAAGACCGAGGAGACCUGCUGUACCAGUACAGCUCCCGCUCUGCUAACCCAGCCAUCAGGAGGUCGCAGACCAUCAACCCUGCUGCUAGAGAUGAAUACUAUUACGAGCAGGAGGAGAGGACGGAUGAGGACGCCGAGCCGACCUUCUCAGAGGACGAGGCCGUCACUCAGAAAGGACUGAGGCGUUCGCAGAGUGUCAAGAUCACAAGAUCGAAGCUCCGCAAAGACCCUCGUUAUGGAUCACUGAAGAUUAAAAGUAAGAAGAGACCAACCGUGAGCUCAGCCAACUACGCACCCUGAACGGAGCACCGCUCACACACACAUGGAGCAGAGCAGCCUGCUGAUUGGUGGACGCUGCUGUCAGCUGACUUUUCCCUCUGCUCAGGUUUUUCAUAUCUGCUGACAUCUAAAUUACCCAAUUCAUCCAAAACCAGCAGCUGUCUGAGAUGUUGGUGGACGAGUGUUUUUAUUUGGGCUCUUUAUAAGGUGCACAUGACCAAUCGAACAUGGAGCUGGUGUCAUGCUGACGUCUUUCAUUACAAUUAUAAAAAUAUGCGUGUUUAGUCUUAACAUAUGUUUGUUGUCUUUGUAUCGUUUAAUGCAAGUUCACACUUGUUAACGAGUUGUGUAACUUCACAGGUGGAGGCUAUAUGCUUCAUUAAAGCUCGAAUCACUCUUGGAAAACAUUUAUAAAUCCAUAUUAGGAUAAGAGAUAAGAACUUUAUUGUUCUUGCAGGAAAUUGUUGACUGGCGACAUUUAGGAAGUCAAAGUUAGUUGAAACUAGGGGUGCACCGAUAAAUCAGCCGGCCGAUUUAUCAACCCCAAUUUCUUUAAUUUGGAAAAUCGGAGAUCGGCCGAUACUUAAAGGAGAAAACGAUUUUACCAACUUUUUUUUGUUUUAACAAUUGUC